AUGCUCAGAGGGAGGUUGUCAGGAGCACUGAUGGUGAAGGGGCUGGCGGAGGCAGGCUGCCUUCAGAGCCCGAAGCUCACACCUGCCCGACUUCGGGGUGGGACCAGUACCAUCCCAGGUCCUUAAUGUCCCUUCACUUGCAGUGUCUUCGGUGUUUGGCUGUUGGCCACAGUGGGCAGGACCAUUCCUUGCAUGAGGCCCCAGCACCACUUCGAACAAAACCUCUCUUCUCUGUGCCCAAAUGAGGGGACUGCGGGAGCUGGAGGAGGAGCACUGGGCGGGCAGCGCAGAGCCUCUGCGAGGGGAAGGGCCCUUAGAGAAGCUACCAGCACGAGCGAGGGUGGCUCCUCGAGCAAGGAUCACAGCCAGUCACACUGUGCAUGAGGGAAUAAAUCACAAGAUAGUGGGAUUGCAGAGAUGGAGGAACUUCCCGUCCCACACAACAUCAAAAUAAGUAACAUCACGUGUGAUUCCUUCAAGAUUUCUUGGGACAUGGAUUCUAAAUCCAAGGAUCGCAUCACUCAUUACUUCAUUGAUCUCAACAAGAAAGAAAACAAGAAUUCCAACAAAUUUAAACACAAGGAUGUACCAACUAAAUUGGUUGCCAAAGCUGUUCCUUUGCCUAUGACGGUCCGUGGGCACUGGUUCUUGAGCCCAAGAACAGAAUACACAGUAGCAGUGCAGACAGCAUCAAAGCAAGUUGAUGGCGAUUACGUUGUUUCUGAGUGGAGUGAAAUCAUUGAGUUUUGCACAGCAGAUUAUUCAAAAGUUCACCUAACACAGCUUUUGGAAAAAGCUGAAGUGAUUGCAGGCCGUAUGCUUAAACUGUCUGUUUUUUAUCGGAAUCAGCACAAAGAAUACUUUGAUUAUAUCAGAGAGCACCACGGGAAUGCUCUGCAGCCUUCUGUUAAGGAUAACAGUGGCAGCCAUGGCUCUCCAAUCAGCGGGAAGUUGGAAGGCAUCUUCUUUAGCUGCAACACUGAGUUUAACACUGGGAAACCACCACAGGAUUCACCAUACGGAAGAUACAGGUUUGAGAUUGCAGCUGAAAAACUCUUCAACCCAAAUACUAACUUGUACUUUGGAGACUUCUACUGCAUGUACACAGCCUACCACUAUGUUAUUCUCGUUAUCGCCCCUGUUGGAUCACCAGGAGACGAAUUCUGUAAGCAGCGCCUUCCUCAACUAAAUAUAAAAGAUAAUAAAUUUCUGACCUGUGAUGAAGAAGAUGGUGUAAUGGUUUACCAUCAUGCCCAGGAUGUUAUUCUGGAAGUCAUUUACACUGAUCCUGUGGAUCUCUCCCUCGGCACAGUUGCAGAAAUUACUGGUCACCAACUAAUGAGCUUGUCUACUGCAAAUGCAAAGAAAGAUCCCAGCUGCAAGACCUGCAAUAUCAGUGUUGGACGUUAAAAAUUCCCUCGUUACUUAGGAGCCUUCAAACCUUUGUUGCCCAUUUCCAUAGUCAGACAUUUUUGUCAGAAGCAUGCACAUGCCACUGUCACCAAAAGCAAACAUGGGUCUUCAAAAUCUCCAAUAGCGUUUUUAGUAUUUCUUCUCUCCCUCCUUCCCUUCUGUUCACCCAAUGCUUUAAAUGAUUAGAAGUCCUGGAUUUAUUUUUUUCUGGCAACCAUUUAUACCUAGAUGCUGCAAAAAAUGUUUUCUGUUUCUUGCCAAACGUAACAAAAUCCUAUAUAAACUGCUUUAGCAAAACAAAAAUAACAGCUUAUAAUGGUGUUUAAAUAUGCAUUCAUUUUAACUACUGAACAAAUACUGGGAUAACUCCAAACAGCAUGAAAAGUUGUAACUGCAGCAUGAUUUAAAUUUCAAAUCCUAGAAAUGUCAGCACUUACAACGUAUUGUUUGACAGUGUUAUUUAUGUUAUUUAUAUUAGCUAACUGAAAACAGAAACUGUGUCUUGACAUAAUAAAUAUAAUAGAAAAAUAUUUUAUUUGUACUGUUGUAUAAAAUAUUAUACAAUCAUAUAGAAUAUAUAGAUCACAUUUUAAUAUCAAUUGUAUACAUGUCAUGAAAUCAUUUUCCCUUAUCAAAGAUGUAGUUUGUAAACUUCAAAUAGCUCUGUAUCUGUUCCUGUUGCUCUAGAUGACUUUAAUUAAAACAGAUUUACGAAGGA